AUGAUUGACCAACGCAUUUUUGAGGAUCUCCAGACGAAGAUUGAUGAGGAGACCACUGUUCGUGAUGAGCUCCAUGAUAUUGUGCAGAAACUUGCCAGGAGAGGGCGCUCCACUCAGGCCAUUCUGUCACGGGCUCAUUCUACGCCUGCUGAUCAACUGAAGCCCGUGCUUGACGAUGUCACCCAAGAGAUCAUUGCACAGAAGCAAGAAGUUGCUCGUCUGAAGGCUGUUGUUGACCAGCACCCCUUCUAUAAGUACAACGGACUGUGGACCCGCGAGCUGCAGAAUCUGGUUGCCUCGAUCGAGCUGACCGCUUGGCUCGGUGGCCUGCAGGAACACAAGGGCCCCAACUCAGCAUCGUUCAUGACUAUUGAAGAUGUGGGCAAGUUCCUGGAUGUCCCUGUCAACCUGAAGGAAGAAGACGCCUUCCACUUGACUAUUGAGGAGUACCUGCUGGCCCUUAUUGCCAUGGUCGAGGAGCUGUCUCGUUUGGCUGUCAACUCGGUCACACUGGGUGAUUACAAUCGCCCGAUGCAAAUCGGCUCAUUCAUUAAGGAGCUCUUUGCCGGAUUCCAACUCUUGAACCUGAAGAACGACAUUCUGCGCAAGAGGAGUGAUGGUAUCAAGUACAGCGUCAAGAAGGUCGAGGAUGUCGUCUACGACCUGUCACUGCGCAAUCUGGUUCCCAAGGGUGACCCUUCCGUUUAA